UCAGCAUUCAAAUUCAUGGUGAAUCUUCUUUAGAAUGCGCCAUUACCAGCUAUAGCCAUGGCCUUUCCUUGCUGUGACAAGUUCCAGUUCCGGUAAAUGAUCCGAUGGCUCUUGUACCAAAGGAAGUUGAUUACUAUGAAGGUUCAGUACUUCCAUUUCCUAGUAAAGCUUUCGGGACAUAUAGAGGAGUAAUGGAGGAGAAUUACGUAAGAAUUCCAGAGGUUGCAAAGGGAGAACUAAAUCUUGCAUGCAUGGUCGCUUAUGGAAUAUCGAAUAGACAACUACUUGCUGAAAGGAAACGUACUGUCUUCCCUGGGGGAGGUUGCAUUCAGAAGAGGGGAGUCAAAUCCUCAGCGUUACUAUUUCGAAGCCUCGUCCAUUUUCGAUACUUGGCUUGGAGAAUACAGUAAGCCAGGAGCGGAUAUGUAUCCAUUUCCGGUUUGGUGUAUAAUCUCAUUAACAAUUACCUUAUGUGUUACCAUUUCCAUCUAUCUCAAAUGUCCCGCCUGCGUUCUAAUUGAUCACAUCCUUGCAUCAGAAUCUAGAUAUGUGAAACUAUUAAUCUGCCUGGAGGGUAGCGACGACAGUAAAGCCCAUGCACAGGGUUGUAAGGCUUAUUUAAUAUAUGAUGCUUUACACAAGAAGCUAUUAUCUGAAAUAGAUUCGGUGACACGGACAGCAAAUCAGAGAAGAGGAUCAAGUUCUGUAAGACGAACGGAUCCCUUUAUUCAGCUAAAGAAAGAUGCAGCCAACCAGAUGCAUGAUAUCAUAACGGAGCUGGCAAUCAAGGCAAGUUCUUAUGAGAGACAAAUUCUCUAUUUGUAUUGGUUACAUGACAAGUCAGCUGAAUCACUUGUCUUUUCAUUUUUGAAGAUUCAACAGAAAGGCUCAUUCCUCUCACUAGUCCGGGAAAUAACUUCGGGCUCUCCUGCUGGUCGCACAGACGCGCAAGAGGAACAGUCGAAAUUAACACAAAUCUUGAACUCUGAGGAACAUAUUGAUGACUAAAAACUGACCCGCCAAUUGAUUCUCUGAAACUUGCUUUGUGUGGUUAGAUGCGGGUAUGGUUUCAUAGAAUCCCACUGUGAGCAAUGGCAGUUCAGCCAUGGGAUUUCAACUGGUUAUGACAAUAUCGAUAUAAUGCAGACGAGGUACAUGGCCAUGCUACAAGAUGCAAAGUGGAAACUAAAUCAGGCGAGAUGAUCAAUUUUGGAUGUGAAAUUGGUGAUACAAACAAGAAUGGACAAGAGUCCCUGGAUGUGAGAAUUUUGAUCAAAGCAAAGCCUUGGCACAAACCUCUGGAAUCCUUCUUCUAUCGAAAUUGCAGUCCUUUCUCUCAACGUUGAAGCUAGAGCUGCUUUAUAAUCUAGUUGAGCAUCGACUGCUAGAAAUGGAAGCAUAGCCAUGAUAAUCAAUGUUAUAAGAAGGAAAAAUUAUCAUCGCCAUCCUCUUAUUUGGUUUUUAUUUCGCUUUGCAACUAGUUUUUCAAAAACUACACCUUGAUGUAAAGUAGAUUUUAAAAUUUAAUGAAAUGAAUAUAAUGCGAUUAGAAUGUAA